ACUGUGCUUGCGGGCAACCAGGAGUGCCCCCCUCUGUCACUCACACUAGAACACAACCGUCCGAUCCGCGAGAGAUCAUGGCCACUGCUGUCUCUACCAUUGGAUCUGUCAACAGAGCACCGCCGAACCUGAAUGGCUCUAGCAGCAGUGCUUCAGUUCCAAGCUCAACCUUUUUGGGAAGCAGCUUGAAGAAAGUGAACUCAAGGUUCACGAACUCCAAGGUUUCCUCCGGGAGUCUCAGGAUUGUCGCGAGUGUGGACGAAGAUAAGCAGACCGACAAGGACAGAUGGAAAGGCCUUGCCUUCGACACCUCCGACGACCAACAAGACAUCACAAGAGGAAAGGGUAAGGUGGACUCCCUCUUCCAGGCACCUCAAGGAUCAGGAACUCACUUUGCCAUCAUGAGCUCUUAUGAAUACAUCAGCACGGGGCUUCGCCAGUACAACUUUGACAAUAACAUGGACGGUUAUUAUAUUGCUCCCGCUUUUAUGGACAAGCUUGUUGUUCACAUCACCAAGAACUUCAUGACCCUUCCUAACAUCAAGGUUCCUCUCAUCUUGGGUAUUUGGGGAGGCAAAGGUCAGGGCAAGUCUUUCCAGUGCGAGCUUGUCUUUGCCAAGAUGGGAAUCAGCCCUAUCAUGAUGAGUGCCGGAGAAUUGGAAAGUGGAAACGCAGGAGAACCCGCGAAGCUGAUCAGGCAAAGGUACCGUGAAGCAGCCGACAUAAUCAGGAAGGGUAAAAUGUGUGCACUCUUCAUCAACGAUCUUGAUGCAGGAGCUGGUCGGCUUGGUGGAACCACCCAAUACACUGUCAACAACCAAAUGGUGAAUGCCACCCUCAUGAACAUUGCUGAUAACCCGACAAACGUCCAGCUUCCAGGUAUGUACAACAAGGAGGAGAACCCCCGUGUCCCAAUCAUUGUCACCGGUAACGAUUUCUCAACAUUGUACGCUCCUCUCAUCCGUGACGGUCGUAUGGAGAAGUUCUACUGGGCUCCCACCCGCGAAGAUCGUAUUGGAGUCUGCAUUGGGAUCUUCAGGAGUGACAAUGUUGCUAAGGAAGACAUUGUCAAGCUUGUUGACACCUUCCCAGGCCAAUCUAUUGAUUUCUUUGGUGCCUUGAGGGCUAGGGUUUACGACGAUGAAGUGAGGAAGUGGAUUACGGGUGUUGGCGUGGAUAGCAUUGGGAAGAAGCUUGUGAACUCAAAGGAAGGACCCCCAACUUUCGAGCAGCCGAAGAUGACUAUCGAAAAGCUCCUCGAGUACGGAAACAUGCUUGUCCAAGAGCAAGAGAAUGUGAAGAGAGUUCAAUUGGCUGAUAAGUACUUGAGCGAGGCUGCUCUUGGUGAUGCUAACUCAGAUGCUAUGAAUACAGGAACUUUCUAUGGUUAGAUCCUUGAUAUUUAGAGAGCUCCUGUGGGAGGCCAAGCAGCGCAGCAAGUGAAUGUUCCAGUUCCUGAAGGUUGCACUGAUCCAACUGAGAAAACUUUGAUCCAACGGCUAGAAGUGAUGAUGGAAGUUGCUUUUACACAUUUUAAGUCAUUUUCUUUUAGGUUAUAAUUGAGGGGAGGGAGGAAGGAGAGAAGCACUUUUUAAGGAUGUUAAGGGUAAAAAAAAAAUAAUGUUGUUUUCCUAUGUCGGAUUGGUGUCAUGUAAUCUUGUAUUGUAAUGUACACUAUGCAGUAGGUGCUCUUCUUCUUUCUUCCCGUCAGUUGUUUUAGUUAGUUCAGUUAGUCAUGUUGUGCUGCUUAUCUGAGUUUAUCUCCGUCGUUUCUCCCAUGGAAGUCUCUUCUUUUGGUUAAUGCGAACCCAAAUGCGAAAAUAUAAAUUUAACUAUUUC